CUCGAGCUGUCAACGAGCAGCCUUUUGAUGGAAAUCUCAAAACCCCCAAAAAAAGAGAACGGAGAAGAAAAAGAGAGAAAGAGAGGAAGAGAGGGUGCCGAAGAAGCCGAAGAAAACCCUAAUUUUGAUCGCUUAAUCGUGAGACUUACAGAUUGGGAGGAGGCGGAGGAGGAAGAGGGGUAGGGAAAGAACCCUACCUUUUUGUCCUUUUCUUCUUUGUCCGGUGAUUGGAAGAGAGGAGUGGGAUAAGUGAUCUUGGAGUUUCUGGUUCGUUCGUGGCGUGUUGACAAGCUACGGCGCACCAAUCGCCCGCCUCCAUGGCCAAGCGGGUAUAUCAAGCUUGGAAAGGAAAGAAUAAGUUUUUGUUAGGAGGGAGGUUAAUAUUUGGACCUGAUGCCAGGUCACUGUUUAUAACAGUCUCACUCAUCGUUGUUCCUGUAGUGAUCUUUUGUGUAUUUGUUGCAAGAAAUCUUCUCCACAAGUUUCCUGCCUACAAUUCAGGAUGUGCUGUUCUGAUAGUUGCUAUUGCCUUUACAAUCCAUGUACUGGUACUGUUACUGAUGACGUCAACUCGAGAUCCAGGGAUUGUACCCCGUGCUUCACAUCCACCAGAGGAAGAAUUUUCUUAUGAUACUCGUACCGAAAUUGGUGGGAGGCAUACACCCAGUCUAACAUUUCCACGCAUCAAAGAAGUGAUGGUAAAUGGAAUGCUUGUGAAAGUGAAAUAUUGUGAUACUUGCAUGAUCUAUCGGCCUCCUCGCUGCUCUCAUUGUUCCAUAUGCAAUAAUUGUGUGGAACGAUUUGAUCAUCAUUGCCCUUGGGUUGGGCAAUGCAUCGGACAGCGCAACUACCGCUACUUUUUCUUAUUUGUUUCUUCCUCAACUCUUCUAUGCAUAUAUGUAUUUGCAAUGUGUGCAUUGUACAUCAAGUUUCUCAUGGAUGGGGAUUAUCCUACUGUAUGGAAGGCAAUGAAGAAAUCUCCUGCAUCAGUGGUACUAAUGAUAUAUUGCUUUGUUGCCCUCUGGUUUGUUGGUGGUCUUACUGGAUUCCAUUUAUACCUGAUUGGCACUAACCAGACAACCUAUGAAAACUUCCGGUACAGAGGUGACAACAGGGUUAGUGCUUAUAACAGAGGUUUUUUGAACAACUUCAUAGAUGUACUCUGCACAGAGAUUAAACCUUCUAGAAUAAAUUUGAGAGCCUAUGUACAAGAUGAAACUGCAAGGCCACCCCCGGCUAGCCGCACGAGGGAUGUGGAAGAAGAACCAGCCAGUAGUCCCCGUGUAAAAGUUGAAGAUGACCUUGAAAUCGGUGGGGAUCUCUUGAAAAUCUCCCGGCGUCGCAACUAUGAAGAGGUCGAUGAGGAGAUGGGUGGUAGAAACAGCAACGAGUUGCACGGGGCCCUCUCGGAGUCUGAGCUAAUGGUGGGUUCCGAUACACAGGUUCCUGUCAUCAGGAGCGAUGUGAAGAACUCAAGCUGGGGUAGGAGAAGCGGGAGCUGGGAUCUCUCUCCAGGAGUUCUCGCUGCAAGCUCCUCAGCGACCGAGGGUGAUAUGCCGUCGCAGAAGUCCACUCGGUAGUAAAGCAACUCAUCAGUCUGCAUCCUUUCAGGGUAAAAUGAGCGAAAUAUGAGCCGGUAAACAUAGACACAAGGCAUCUGCAAUCUGCAUUUAUCGUCUUGCAGGUUAAUGAAGCUUCAUUCCUUGUUGCCUGAUGUGUCUCUAUUUGGAAUUCGCAAGUCAUUUGCCGUCUUUCUGUUCAUUUCAUUGUGUUAUAUUCUGAUUAUUUUGAGUUUGUCAGAAUUCUUUCUGUAACCAACUGCUUCAGGAUGUGCAGAAUGUUAGAUAUUGAUUUCUCCUCUUCCCCA